AUGUCCAACGACUCCUCCACCAGCACAAACCUUCACACCUUCUCCAACUGGUAUGCCGACUACCACGGCUUCGUCUCCCUGUGCGUCUGCGUCAGCGGCAUCGUCACCAACACCUUCAACGUCACGGUACUUACCCGUCGCCACAUGCGAACACCGGUCAACCAGAUAUUGACUGGUCUGGCUGUGUCGGACAUCAUCACCAUGUUGAGUUAUCUUCCCUUCGCCAUACACUUCUACUGCGUCUAUCCCAGUAACUACGCCUCGCCAAGGAAGAACUCUAAAUGGUGGAUGACCUUCUUCGUGUUUCACAUCAACCUUACCACAGUGACCCACACCAUCAGCAUCUGGUUAUGCGUAGUCUUGGCCAUCGUCCGGUAUCUUCACAUACGCUCACCGACUCGUGUCAGUUCAGUUCGCCAGAAAAGAAUUACCCAUGCGAGGUAUCUUGUUCUGGGAACCUAUAUCAUAUCCAUUCUUGUCAUGAUCCCUAACUAUCUGACCAACGAACUUAAACCGCAGCCCUGGAACAGCAACAAUGGACAGACAAACCAGACGAUGUACGUCCUAGAGAACCUGAAACUGGGCAGCAGCGACACAAAUCCCCUUGUUCUAGCCAACGUCUGGAUGUAUGCUGUUUUAGCCAAACUCAUCCCCUGCUUUCUGAUCUCCGUCUUCGGCGCGCUUCUGCUUUUCCAAAUGAAAUCUAAAAUCAAGAAAAGGAAGAACUUCCUUAAAGUCUCGGCGUCAAACAACCACAAACUUCACGAACAUUCGAGAACAACCAUGAUGCUUAUGACAGUAAUUGUCUUAUUCCUUGUAACGGAGCUUCCCCAGGGUGUCCUGAUUAUUUUAAGCGCCUGCAUGGAGGGAUUUUUUAUGACUGUGUACAUGCCGCUUGGCGACGUCAUGGAUAUAUGUGCUCUUGUGAACAACGCCAUCAACUUUGUGCUCUAUUGUUCAAUGAGUACGAAGUUCAGGCAGACUUUUUGUGAGCUCUACUGUAAGUGUGGCUGGCGCUUUCUAACACGUUCACGGGCCAAUGGCUACUCCUUACCGGUGGACAAAGCAGAGUCGUACAGCAAUAAUAACCAACUAGACAAUGUCUUGUAG